AUGGCCUUGAUCGACAACAACAGCAACUUCUGCUCAAUGGAUGAGGAGCUUCAGGCGGAGGCUAAGGUCCUGAAGCAAAUUCAGAUCAAGCUGUCUGAAACGAUGGACGUUGGAAAGAUGGUCCCGCCCACCGAAGAAGAGCAGAAAGCCAUUGACUCUCGGUCAGUCUUUGUUGGCAACGUGGAUUUUGGAGCGACUAUUGAAGAGCUCCAGGAGCACUUCAAGGGAUGCGGAGAGAUCGUCCGCACGACUAUUCCCAAAGAUAAAAUGACGAAUAGGCAGAAGAAUUUCGCGUACGUCGAAUUCGAAUGUGCUGUUAGCGUGGAGAACGCCAUUUUGAUGAACGGCUCAACUUUCCGUGGCCGUCCAAUCGUCGUCACCGCCAAACGCACAAAUAAACCAGGAAUGGGAGCAUCGAGAGGAAGAGGUGGAGGAUUCAGAGGAAGACGUGGGGGUCCACAAACAGUUAUCGUCAAGUACGUGUAUGUCAACGGAGCAGCACCAAGAGGUCGUGGAGGAUUCUGUGGAGGACGAGGACGAUUCAACCCUUAUUGA